GGUGGCUGGAGGCUUUGAGAAUCUUUAGGGCCUUCCUCUGACACAGCCUGUUAUAGAGGUCCUGGAUGCCAGUGUUUCAAAUGAGUAUGUUGCCUGUAGUAAUAAUAAUAUAUAAAGGUGGGUUGAUACAGAAAGCGUUAGUCUAGCCCAGCGUUGUAGCUGUGUAGUGCUAGGGCAAAAAAAAAAAACGUGCACCGAGUUUGUGAAACCCUGUUCUAGCUCAAUGACUGUAGGUCUAGCCUCGCCCAAGCUGCUCCGAUCAGUGCUAUUUAGAAUCCUUGGGACGUCCCUACCAUUUUAAAUGUCUACUUCGAUGUGGUAAGGACGUCCCAAGGAUUCCAGAUAGCACCGACCAAGCUGCUCCCCAUCUCUACGCACGCAGUCGCGCUGAAAGGAAUCAACCCGCUGUCGCCGGCAUUAUUGAACUCGGAACUGGCUACCAGGAGAAGAAAAGAGUAGCAAACAUUGACGUCUGUAUUUAUAUGAGAAACAGUUUACGUUGAAUUAAUAUAUUAGCAACACCUAGAGUUCUUAAAGCCAUUCCAAAACAAGAAAAUGGCUGUGAACGUUUACUCAACCUCAGUGUGCAGUGACAAUUUGAGUCGUCAUGACAUGCUUGCAUGGAUUAAUGAAUCGUUACAGAUCAACCUUACCAAGAUAGAGCUGUUAUGUUCAGGUGCGGCCUACUGCCAGUUCAUGGACAUGCUUUUUCCCGGCUGUGUGCCUUUGAAGAAAGUCAAAUUUGCUGCAAAACUAGAGCACGAAUUCAUUCACAACUACAAGAUCUUGCAAGCUGGCUUCAAAAGAAUGGGUGUUGACAAAAUCAUCCCUGUUGACAAGUUGAUAAAAGGCAAGUUCCAGGACAACUUUGAGUAUGUGCAGUGGUUCAAGAAGUUCUUUGAUGCCAACUACGAUGGGAAGGAGUACGACCCUGUGGAGGCUCGCCAGGGCCAAGACACCAUGCCCAGCCCUGCCGUGUCUGCCCUCAACAAACCCAAGAAGAUCCUCAAUGCUGCACCCCAGCGGGCAGCAGUUGCCAAGGUGGCACCCAAAAUGGCGCCCAGCUCGGCACGAAGACCAGGGGCUGGCGGAGGUGACGAGGAGCGGGCCGAACUCAUCCAGGAAGUGAAUAUACUGAAGUCCACCAUCCAGGACAUGGAGAAGGAGCGGGACUUCUAUUUUGGCAAACUGAGGAACAUUGAGCUCAUCUGCCAAGAGAAGGAAGGCGAGGGCGACCCCACACUGCAGAGGAUUGUAGAUAUACUCUACGCCACAGACGAGGGCUUCGUCAUUCCGGACGCUGAGUCAGAGGACCACGAGGAGUUCUAAUGUUCAAGACUGGACCGUGCAACAUUUAAUACUACCCCCCUCCCAGCCUCUUCAAUCAGCUACAACAGCUCCCAUCCUCACCCUGCGUAACACACCCUAAACAUCCAGAUCAUGUUAUUCAUUGCUUGGUCUCUGAAUAGACUAUAUCAACAACAACAACAACAAAAAUGGUCUCUCAGAUCAAGUUGAAAUAAGUAGUGUGAAGUACCUCUGAAGCCCCUUCUUCGGGUCAUCCUAUUGGCCUGUGCCAGGGUUGGUCUUGGCAUCAUGUUGGAAGAAGGUGACUAUUUUGGCUCUCUAUUUGGGUCCAGAAGAGUGAACUGUCAGUCUAAGAUUCUGCUUUUUUUCUUGGUAUUUUCCCUAAUUUUCUGUCUCUUCCCGGGAAUUGGAGUUAAAAGUUUGUUGGCACCUGCACUCACACUUUUGUACAUUGUAUUUUUCUUAGUUGACUUGUUUCCCAAAUUAUCACAGUCUUUCCCACAUGUAUAUUGUUUUAUGGAUCUGAGAAAAUGUACUAAGUUCCUAAUCAUUUCAAUAGAGAAAGUGUUUUAGAUGGGUUCAAUGAAAGGUUAGUGUACUUAUAGUGGAAGAAUUGUUUUCUUCACUUACCACAACUCUCAUAUUUUCAAAAUUCUUUAAUUUGGUCUCAUCCAGUUUGGAGAUGAACCUGUUUUAAAUAGUGCUAUUCUUUAUUCCAGGAAAGUGGAUAUUAUUAUUAUCAUUAUUUUCUCAAAGAUACAGGACAGCUCAUAACAUGACAAUAUUUAAUGCUGAAGAAACAUGUUAGAACUACAAGUUUACGGUGGAAUACUUUGUGCGUGAUUUAUCUGUUUUGUUUGUCUCUUGGCUGUUGGAAGGCAUGUGCACUGUGGAUGCCAGAAACUCCCCUGGUCCCAAGUCCAUCCCAAACUACCUGCUUUGGGUUUUUUGUCUUUUUUCUCCCAAUAUAUCAUUUGUCAGUUGGCAGGGGAUGGAAGUUUUAACUUGAUUUAGCCUCUCUUGUCUAAUUCAUCCUCUUAGGGAAUGUGAAAGGUGAGUGACUUUGCUGUUUUUUUUUCUCUUCUCAUUUCUACUUACUCAACAAACAGAAUACUCCUGGUUCUGUAGCAUGUUUUAAUACUCCAGUUGUGAGUUUCUUUUGAUCAUGUAGCAACUGCACCAGUGACAGGUUCUGAGGCUCAAAACGCUGAUAUGCAAAUAGAACUGCCAGUCUGCGCUAGAAGAUCAGAUUCUUUUUUUUAAAUUGCUUUAUUCUUAAUGAAUAAAAAAAAUAACCUACAUA